AUGACUUCGACCACGUCGAUACCCCAAUUGCCGGGGUUCAAUGCCCCGCUGAACAGCCGCCCCGAAGUUAGACACCAAUUCUCCAUUAACCUAGAUAUCAAAAGAGAGAUUGUCAUGAUGCAGGUGAUGAAUAGCAUCACUGACAAGCCUGAUUGGGACAAGAAGGUCUUUGACGAGGAAAUCACCUCCAAAUGGCGCACUGAAAUUGCUCAAAGCGGAGAAGACGUGUCCUCCAAAAUGAUGGACUGGAUCAUUAAAGAGCUCCAGUGGAAAGCUGAAGCGUUCAAAGAGACUGACCACGUUACCGUCUUUGAUAUCGGGGUCGUCAAGUCCGAUACCGCUAUUUCCCAAGAGCUGCAGCAAGCCCUGAAGGAAGCGGUUGCGCCAUUCGAAGAUGUCCCCGAAGAUCAGAAGGAUUAUCACCCCGGUUCGAACCAGCAGGUUGUUGAUUUGGUUCAUCCUUCUCUGUUUCCGGUUAUCUUUGGUCGAUCUCGUAUCCUGCCCGAUCGAACGAUUGACUUGGAGACCUGCUUAAGCAGCGUGGGGCAAGGUGACCUGCUUCCAGUACCAGUGGAUGACAAUGUGCCGCUUCAUGAAAGAGCCUCUGGAUCUAUCUCCGAACCGAGUACAUACAGUCAGAAGUUUCAAUGGCUUCCCUGUGACGUGAAUUUUACCGAGGAUGGAGAUUGCCGAAUCGUUUCUUACGUCAACAAUGUCCAUCCAGUCAAGCAUCGAGAACUAUAUAAAGUUCUUGAGAAAGUCAUCACGCAAGCAGUGCCACUCUGGAAUCAGACAUUGUCUUACAGACCAUUCGACGACAGACGGAUUCACUACUCGUCUGUUGAAUAUGAAGACGAUGGUGAAGAUGAACCAGGGAGACAAGGUUCAGACGAGGACGAUGAUGCAUAUGAGGAACGUUGGAAUGUGUACCGGAGCUCUCGUGUUAUCAUUCAGCCUGAGCCAGAGGAGUUCAAGCCUCCGAACCUUGAGAGCUGGGGCCGCAUUGGACUGUGUGACGCAUUCAAGAAGGAAGGGCUGCAGGUGAUUGUGAAAUUGGCCAAUAUUGAACUCACCCCCGAGAAACCCGAGUAUACUGGGGGUAGCUGGCAUAUUGAGGGACAGCUGAACGAACGGAUCUGCGCAACGGCCAUCUACUACUACGACAGUGAGAAUAUCACCGAGAGCACACUAGCUUUCCGCCAGCGCAGCGAGGAUUACUUUGAAGAUGUCAUGUAUGAACAGGAAUCCCACGAAUUCCUCCAAGCCGUGUACGGAUUUGGCCCCGAAGUUGACAGCCGCGAUAAUACCAAUGUCACGCAAAACCUCGGAAGUGUGGUCUGUCGCGAGGGACGUCUGCUCACUUUCCCUAACGUGGUCCAACACUGCGUCUCUCCUUUCUCACUUGCAGAUCGAACCAAACCAGGCCACCGGAAGAUUGUGGCACUGUUCCUGAUUGAUCCUCAUAGGCGGAUUAUAUCCUCUGCAAACGUGCCUCCCCAACAGCAGGAUUGGGGCAAGGGGAGACAGAAGCUGGUGAAGGAUUUGUUGUCGCAGAACCUACCGCCAGAGCUGCAGAAUAUGGUUGAGAAGGAUAUGCCUGCCACGUUUAUAACCAUGGAUGAAGCGAAGGCUUACAGGCUUGAUUUAAUGGCGGAGAGGAGCGUGAGGGCGGAGGUUAAUAACACUGUUUUUGAGACUGGGAGUUUCUCUCUUUGUGAGCAUUAG